CCUACGUUUGUUUGUCCAGUCCGUGUGUCGCGUUGAAAAUUCCUUUCAAGCCCCGGGACACUAUCGUCGGUGUCAAAAUUGACCGCGGUUCUGUGUACAAUGCAUAUUGAUCUACUCGUAGCUGUCAUUUGUAUAUCGAAUAAUUUGUGUUUCUGCGGUAUGAAUUCGUGUCUCGUAAAUUCCACGACAACUUCACCGAUGACACUUAGCCAGUUAUUUCGGUAACGAAUAAAACCGUGACGAUAUUUAACAUAACGAUUUAUCUGCGUCGCAUUAUUCUUUUUCAUCUAGCAAAGAGGAAUAUCGUUGCAACGGUUUCCAAAGAUAUUUUUUACGUUGAUCCUAUGAUUGUUGUAAAAUAAAUGAUACGCAGUGCCAUUCCAAAGAUUCAUUGCUCACAGCUGUGCUAAACUAUACAUGCUAUGCUUAAUAAAGAAUACAAAGAUUUGUCUUAUUAACAUUUAUCGAAUGCUAAUUUGUCAUUUGCAAUGCCACAAUAGUAAUAGUAAUCCUAGAUUAAUGAAGCUCAAAUGAAAUUUUGGCAAAUGUUGUUUUUCUAUACAUACUUCUAUGCAGAUUUGUACACUGUAUGUAAUUUUGAAGUAUGAUAUUGAAAUGCUGUGAAGUAAAAGAAAAAAUAAGAUAAAAAAAAAGCUCGUAUUAAAAAUGUUACCAAAGAAAGAUAAUGUUGGUUUUCAUACAAAUUUGUAGAUUCAACGCAAUGACCAAAGGAACAAAGACAAAUUUUUAAUGAUUUCAAAGACAAGGAACAAGAGAAACUAUUAAUAGCAGUACUUAAAAAUGUCCUGAGUAAAAUUUGGAAGUAAAUAGAUUUUUAUUUUCACACUUAUUAAUCGUGUAAGUGAUUUAAUCGAGUUAAGCUUUAAAGAUGGCAAGGAAAAAUGAUAAUAUGAAAGCUAUUAAUGUUGCUGUCGUUGGUCUUUCUGGUACUGAGAAAGACAAGGGACAAGUUGGUGUCGGAAAAUCAUGUUUAUGUAAUCGUUUCAUGCGUUCUUUGAACGAUGAUUAUAAUGUGGACCAUAUAUCGGUAUUAUCGCAGUCGGAUUUUAGUGGUCGAGUAGUAAAUAAUGAUCAUUUCCUGUAUUGGGGUGAAGUUGCAAAAACGUCAGAAGAUGGUACCGAAUAUCAAUUUCAAGUGAUAGAACAUACUGAAUUUAUAGAUGAUGCAUCUUUUCAGCCUUUUAAAGGUGGCAAAAUGGAACCAUAUGCAAAAAGAUGUGCAGCCACCAAAAUUACCAGUGCAGAGAAGCUUAUGUAUAUUUGCAAAAAUCAAUUAGGUAUAGAGAAAGAAUACGAACAGAAAGUUUUGCCGGAUGGUAAAUUAAAUAUCGAUGGUUUUUUGUGUGUAUUCGACGUAAGCGUUGUGCCGAAUAGAGCUGUAGAGAAGCAGGUUGAAAUAGUAGCAAACAUAUUGAACAACUUAAUGAAAACUAAAAAACCUAUAGUUCUAGUAACAACAAAGAACGAUGAUGCAAAUGAACAAUACGUAAAGGAAGCAGAAAAAUUGGUAAUACGUAAAGAAUACAAAAGUUCCAUUCUAAUAGUUGAAACUUCUGCACAUGAAAAUAUUAAUAUCGAUUUGGCGUUUAUAAUUGUGGCUCAAUUAAUUGAUAAAACUAAAACGCGUAGUAAAGUAACACCUUUUGCCGAAGCAGCAAGAGCCAGAAAAGAACUUCUUGAUGCAUCAACAGAAUCUUUGCAGAGAUUAAUUCGAAUACAUGUAACUGAUUAUCGCGCAUUAUGGUCUCAAUCGUCUAAAAAACUGGCACAGCACAAAGAAUUUACAACGUUCGUGGAAUUAUUUGGUAUAGACGUCGCUCAAAGAUUGUUCAGGAGACACACUAAAAAAUUGAAAGACGAGCAAGUGGCAAAAAAAAUACAGGGAUACUUGGAUAUGUUGCCUGAUAUUCUUCAUGAGAUAUGCCCCGAUGUAACAAAUUUAAUUAAUGAAGAAUGGUCUGCGGUACAACAAUAUAUAAAAGAACAUCCUGAUUUUCAUCAAUAUUUCUAUGAAUGCCCUGAAGACAUUCCAUGGAUCGAUUGUGAUUUUGGUGAAAACAAUGAAACAAAGAUUCCUUAUGAUGUAUUAGAAACACCAGAGGCUGAGACUGUCUUUAAAAAUCAUAUAAAUGUGCUGCAACAAGAACAACGACGAUUAGAAUGGAAGAAGCAAUUUAAGCAACUGUUAGAGGAAACCGGAUAUGUUACCCCAGGGAAGCACUUGUCCGAGGUUAGAGUGCUUUUUAUGGGUAGAGAAUGCUUUGAAGCUCUUUCUCACAUUGAUUGUCAAGAAAUAUAUGAUCAACAUCAAAAAGAAAUUAUUGAGAAAGCAAAACACAAUUUUCAAGAACUAUUACUAGAACAUGCUGAUUUAUUUUAUCAUUUCAAGAGUAUAGCACCAUCUGGAACUAUAACACAAGAUGACAUUAAAGAAAUAACGGAUGCGUUAGUGGACGAUUUUAGGUAUAAAGCUUUAGAUAGGUUGGAUCAAGAUAGAAAAUUAAUGCUUUUUCAACAUUUGGGUUUUGUACAUUGUCCUAUAAGGGAGCACUGUCCAGCUUAUCCAAAUUGUAUGGAUGCUCUUAUAGAACGUAUACUUGGAACGAAAGCUCACAGGCCAUCCUCUUGGAAUCACAGCAGUCAGUGGCAGUUGACGUCCGAUAACAAUCAACUAAACUUAGUUAUACUUGGAAGUAACGGGCUUGGAGAGGAAUUCGCUCGCGAAAUAAGAGCUCAGACAGAGGAUGAUGAAGUGGAAAUUGAUUGUCAGUUGUAUACACUUGGAUAUCGAAUUAUCGAUGGAGAUGUUGGUUUACCGCACAAUUCAUUCACUACUUCAGACUUUAUGCCCCAUGGAUCAUUUUGCAUUUAUUCAAACGAGGAGUCGUUCGAGUACAUCCGUUCCUCUUUGGAGAAAACGUUACUAUCUAAUCUGGAGCAAGAGGAUAGGUUACCAUUUCAAGGAUUACCUAUUGUUAUUAUGUUUGUGCCAGAAUCCACCAUAGACGAAAUGGAAGCAAUAAGACUUAGGGAAGAGGGCCAGAAUCUCGCGGACAGCUUGCAAUGCCCAUUUAUCGAUGUUUGCAUAGAAGAUUUGGAGCAAGACAAAAGGUUUCCUACUCCACUCGUGAAAGAUGCAUUGCAACAACUUAUACAAUCUAUAAAUCACAGAGCUGGUUUUCUGAAUAUUUACCAAAGUGUCAUUAAAUGUUUAGAGCCUGAUAUUAGAAUAAUAAUGUGUAUGUUUUGCGGAGACCCUUAUUCCGUGGAAAACGUACUUGGCCCCUUACUCAAUCAUCAGUGUUGCUUUCUUAGCGGUGACCGAUCGAUUGUUUUAGAAACAUUUUUAGGAGAAUCGAAACGAAGAGUCGAAGUUAUAAUUUCAAGUUUCCACGGUGCAAAUGCGUUUAGGGACGAAUUGGUGCAUGGUUUUAUAUUAGUCUACUCGACCAAGAGGAAAGCAUCACUCGCGACUCUUAAUGCAUUCUCCAUGAAUAUACCAAAUCUACCAAUACAAAUAAUGGCUGUGACUGAUACUGGAGGCGCUAACGCUUUCUUCAGCAACGAUUUGAGUCAUUUACUUAUUACGGAAGGAAAUGCAACUGCGGAUAGAUUACAAGCACAUUUUAUGACGUCAGCAUCAAGCUGCCAGCAAAAAACGGCAUUUUAUACACCGUUCUUCAAGGAAGUUUGGGAGAAAAAGCCUGAAAUUGAACAAGCGUUUAAUAUGGAAGAACCGGGUAACUUGAACGAUAGCGGUGAAGGAACUUUGGAAUAUUCUGCGUUGCAUCCUAUGCCACCACCACGACACGAAAGUUACCAUCUUCAAACGCCGGAUGAUGGUAUGUCUGUAACUUUUAGAAGCGGCUCCGAAUCUUACGAGCAGUUAACUCCUGAUGGCGAUCUUGGAGAUACAGGUUUGAACGAACAGUUCGUGGACAAUAGAGCCACACCUAGCGACGAUAGUGAUAUUUAUAGUCAAGUAGAUUAUUACAGAGAAGAACGGGAAAGAGUUUUAUUAAAAUCGGGGGAUAUCACGAAUAAACUAUCCGGUUGGGUGAAAGAUAAUUUCAUGCAUCACGAUCCAGUAACUAAUAGUUACUCGCACAGAGCAUUCACGACGGGUAGACGGCAUAUUUCUCAAACGAAACCGCGACCAAAAGGAAAUAGUCAAACUUUGAAACAACCUGGAAAAAUCAACUUGAAAGAUUUCUCAAAUGUAACAGAUGCCAUAGCUAGAAUGACAAUAGGUGAAAAGGAUGAACAUGGCCCUAAAAUGACAAUGGGUCACGCUCCUCUAGCUACGCCUGAAUUAGUAGACCUAGGCUCCGAAUACGCCCAAGUUAAGGAUGUUGUGCAAAGCCUAUAUCCUCCUUAUGAUGAUGAUUACAUGUAUGCUUUAGUGCAAGAUCCUAUUGGAAAUAAUAAGCCUAAGCUGCGUCAUAGACGCGAAAAGGGACAACCUUCAUAUAGCGAUUCUGAUUCAGAGUGGAGUUCUUUGGAGAGACAGAGGGUAGCCGAUGUUCUAGGUAAAGGAAAUAAGAAACCAGCAACACAUAAAAGAAUACGUAAAAAGCGUACUGCUAUACCUGUUGCUGCACCCAAAGUUCCAUCUUUGGCAAGCAUGGCAAGUGGAGAUGGUAUUGUUGGCCUAAAUUACAAUGUCAAGGAAGAUAAAAAUUGGCGAGUAGAUUCCGCAGAAAGAGUUUCUAGUGAAACACCAGGGAGUUCGGAGUCCUCUGAUCCAGAACAAACUUCGAGAUCGAGGUCGAAACAAUAUAAACAUGAGCCUGCUAGUUCACGAAAAAGAUUUGGGAAUUCUUUACCGCAGAAACACCUGCCAGCAUGUAUAAAACACAUGCCCCAAGACAUGUUCAGCGCUUCCUCGAAGCACAGGAGUGACAAUACCUUUGGAAACAUUCCAGAUGAUGAAUCCAGCUUAGACGUAUCAUCACCACGAGAAAUUAAUUCUCCGAGUUUUGGUAUCUUGAACAAGGUUAAAGAUGGUGAUAAAUUAAAUAGAAAGAAGGACAAACAAAAGGCAAAAGAAGACGAAAAGUUGGAGAAACGCAGACAGAAAGAAGAAAAGCUCAAGAAACAUGCAGAGAAGGAAAAGGAGCGCGAGAAGAAGAAACAGGAAAAAAUAAAGCAGACUAAAGGAGCGGGAACAUUAAAUCAAGGCCAACAACAACCGCUAAUCGAAGACUUUGCCCAGAGCGAAACAAAUCGUAUACCUUUGUUUCUCGAAAAAUGUGUGCAGUUUAUCGAGGAUGAAGGACUGGAUUCUGAAGGGAUAUACAGGGUUCCUGGAAAUAGGGCCCAUGUUGAACUCCUAUUUCAAAAGUUUGAAGAAGACGGAAACGUGGAUAUACACUCGUUGGACAUACCUGUGAACGCGGUUGCAACAGCUUUAAAAGAUUUCUUUUCAAAGAGGCUGCCACCGUUAAUCGACAAAGAACGUAUGAGCGAACUCGAGGACAUAUCGGGUGCACGUGGUAUUAGCAAACCAAUGUCCGCUACGUGUAUGAAUAUGGAAGACCGAAGCUGCAGGUUAUUGGCUCUACGUUUGAUGCUUAACAAGCUGAAUCCGGUAAACUUUGAUGUACUCAAAUUCGUCUUUCACCAUUUUGUAAAAGUGGCUGAAAACUGCAAAUUAAACAGUAUGGACAGUAAAAAUUUGGCAAUUUGUUGGUGGCCUACAUUAUUACCAAUAGAAUUUAACGAUCUCGGCAGAUUCGAAGCAAUGAGGCCGUACUUGGAAGACGUCGUCCAAACGAUGAUCGAUCAAUAUCCUUUCCUGUUUUGUGGCGAAGAAGCUAUCGUAAUGGUGUAGUGAAAGACUACAUAACCUUUAAAUCAUACAGUUUGUACUUCGUACGAGGAACGAGAAGCAAUUACGAAAUAACGAUUGGUUUUGUCAUUGUUUAUACUAUCAUUUUAUCAUAACACGUUUUAAAUUACGACUAGUAUAAUUCUUUCGUGACGUAGAAAAAAUCGAACAAAUCAAUUUAAAUCGAGGUACUCGUUCCAUCGCGAAGUGUGACUGGUGGAGUGAUAGAUCGAUGGUCCUAAUCUUGGCUGUUUACAGCCCCGAUAAUAACGCGAGUAAUAAGAAGUCAAUCCAUGUGUCAUAACAGUAUGCAUGUAUCAUGUUGGAUGUAUUCGGAGCGAUGUAUUUAUUAACAUGUAUUUAGACGUAAGACUCAGUAUUUGAUAAUAGCGAAUAAUCCGUAGUGAGCUCGAUGUUGCUUUUUUCUGAUUUUCUGUUCUUACGUUUUCCAUAGGUAAGAAACUGUUUGCUGUGUGCGAUGUGCGUGUGCGUGUAUAUGUCCGAGAGAGGAAAGGGGAGUGAAAGAGAAAUGGCGCAAUCUCAUAAAAGAAUAUUCGUAUUCUAAACCGUUAAAGGUACUAUCACGAAAAGGUAUGAAAUGUUACAUAUGAAAUUUCUCCGAUUCAUGCGCACUUUAUAUGGCAACAAUAUCAAAAAAAAAAAGUUCUUGAAGUGUUUCUACGAGUAACUAGACUUUGUCAAGUUAACCGAUUAUUGUUUCUUAGUUUUUGAAGUAAUUAGUUGAUUUCAAUUGAUUGUUUAUCUUUGUUUCGAAUUAGUAUUCGAAAAAUACUCGGUUUGACUUAAUAGGGCUGUUUAUUUUAGGGGUUAUUUAAGCUCAUCGGUGAUAAACAAUCCAUAAUAUAUCCAUUCCGUCUGAAUGAAAAAACAAAAACAAAAAAAAAUAAGAAGCAAACGAAAAGUCACAUGUAAUCGCGAAUUUUUUUAAAAGACACGCAGUGGUGGAGUUAGGGUGUUUAUCCUCAGAGGGAUUGUAAGGAUAUCGAUAUGGUUCUAAUUCGUAAGAUAAACCACCAAGAUUUCCAGUUUUAUGAAUUUACGGGAAUCGCUAAACGCUAAGAACAAUACUUAGACACUUUUUCAGAUUUCGUAAAGCGAACGUGUACAUAAGAUUAUAAGAUUGUAAGGUACGAAAAGUUUAUGACAAGGAUCGACUAUCGAUACUUUCAAGAUUAUUCAAUAGUCGUUGUGAUGUUUCAAGAAAUCGCUUCUUUUCUAUUCCGUUUCAUAUGGAUACAUGUAAUUUUAAGAGAAAAACGACUAAUAAGCGAAAAUUUAUGUUUCUAAUUGCGAGUCGUAUUUUCUGUAUUGUAUUUCGUCUAUAUGUAUACGAAAAAGGUACUUUGAACGUUUCAUGUUAUUUAUCGAUCAAACGCUACGGUUGCAAAACAUUUAGCCGAUCGUCGAAUAUUUACAAUAUUUUUUUCUCGUACCUGCUGCGUUAUUCUUAAUUUUAAUGUGUCUGAUAUGAGCUGUAAUUUAAAAUUGUAAAUUUUAAUGUAAUUUUUACACGUUCCCAGGAUGAUAGUUCUGACGGUCGUCGUUAGUUUCCUAGAGUUAAAUUGGAUAAUGCGACGCACAGCCGAGUAAAUUUAUUUUAAACCGAAAUAAGAAAUUGAAAACAGUAUUACUGUGUUAUCGACAUAUUUGCAGGGAGUUAUCGAUCGUUUAUCGCAUUAUCUCAGAUACAUAUAUUGUUUCCGAAAUUAUUUUUAUAAUAGAAUGAUAAUUCUAUUUCACGAAGGUUAUAAUAUUUCAAAUAACAAUUUCGUAAGCGCCCAAGUCUGAUACGACGCAUCGAUAGAUCGAACGACUGAACCAUCAGAACUGUGAUGUAGUUACUUGUUUUUAAUAAGUAUGUAAAAUAGUAAUACUCGAAAACAACAAGAGAUUUUGUCCGUAAUGCUUAACGCGACAGAAGCGAAAGAGGCCAUUGUUUCUCAAUCAUAGCAUACCGUUAGAGCGAUUAACGAUCAAUGUGUAAGAUCUCUUCGUCUAUUAAUGCGAAAUGUAGUUCAAUUCUAAUGUGGCCAGAUAUACCAAACUGCACAAAAUGAAAUGUAUCGAUCUCCUCUCUUAAAACUGUAUUACUUACGAGAACAGUUAUUAAUAUUUCGUAAAAGUUCUUUGUUCGCGAUUCGAAAAAGUUUGAGUAACUUGCUCAACAUUUUUUCGUCCAACUUGAACUGCUAUUCGAAUGUUUCGAGUAUUACAACGGUUGUAAUUAUCGGUACGAGAAUGGGUACAUCGAAUCCUAGAGAGGUCUGGUCACAUGAUCCAAUUUGAAAUCCGUUUAACGGCGACAAUCGCGUCGGUGUGCCAUAAUGUAUGAAGAUAUGUCAAAUGUCACGAUCGCAACGUAACCGGUUAAAAGCAAAAGAGGAUGGUCAGGAAAACAAAACUAGAACGACGAAGUUUUCUAACAUUCGAUGAACGAUAAAGCCACUGUGAGCGAGUCUGUUCGUUUUUCUGUUCGUUAAUCCGAAAUUUAACGAGAAACAUUCCCGCGAGCGACGUCGAUGUUGCUCUAGGUUUUUCGAAGACGAAUUCGACGAGGUUGACCACCAACGUUUGGUGUCGAGAAUAAAACGAAAGAGAAGACUGUUCGUUUCUGUUCGUGUAUUCACCCGAUGUCGAUGAAUUCGUUCUCGACAAAUUUUGCACUGUCGUAUUUAUAUAAGAAGAUCGUUGUAAGGAUAUUUCGAUGAUCUAAAGAGAAGAAAAAAAAAACACGAAAAAAGUGUCGCGAGGACACUUGCAGCGAGGAACGGAUCGUACAUUCCCAUAUUAGUCGUAAAGAAAAGAACGAAAAAACAAAAACAGAAUUUUAUACAUUCGUACGUACAUAAUUGUAUAAUGUUAUUAAAUAGGAACACAGAGACGUCGAUGUUACGUGUGAGAUCUGGGAUACGGAUCGAAAAUGCUGUCUGAAUAAUAAUAAUGACAUGAUUUCUGUCAUUGUCGCUGAA